AUGGUGCAGAAUAUUAAAGACAUGGAUGAAUUUAAAGCGUUUUUGAAAGCUGCUGGAAACAAACUUGUGGUAGUUGAAUUCUCAGCAAGAUGGUGUGGUCCUUGCAAAAGGAUUUAUCCUGUUUUUCAUGAGUUGGCCCAAACUUACCAGAUCAAAGCAGUACCCACAUUUCAGUUGUUCAAGCAAACCAAGAAGGGGUCCAUCUCCAGGUGUAGACCAAUCAGUGAAUUCCAUCACUGUCAGGAAUGGGCCCUUCACUCCAGUCAAGCCAAUCCAAACCCAACCAGAGCUAAUUCCAGGAUUUUGCUUAAGCAGUUCAGUAAGUCUCUCACUUUGAUUGCACUGAAUUUGAACUUGGAAAGAUAUAGUGCUAAAGCUCUUAUAGCUGGCUUGCCACCAAAGGGAACCUAAAAAUGAAGCUACCAUACAGAGGAAAGCAGAAUCAGGCCAAGAAGUGCCCACGGCAUUGAUGGAACCCUGAAUCUAUGUAUG